GCGAAGCGUUACAAAUUGUUGGUACACGUUGAACCCUUUUUUAUUCGUGAAAUUGUUGUCGUUCACAAAUUCCUGUGUAGAAACAUGUCAUCCAUGGAAGUAGAAAAUGACCAAAACGAUGUUUGGAUUUUCGGCUACGGUUCAUUGGUGUGGAAGGCAGAUUUUCCAUACGAAGAAAAACGAACAGGAUACGUUAAAGGUUUUCUGCGUCGAUUUUAUCAGAACAGCAUUGAUCACCGUGGCACGGCCGAACAGCCCGGCCGGGUGGUUACUUUAAUGCGGUCAAACGAUUCGGAGUCUAAAGUGUGGGGCAUGGGCUAUCGCAUCGCCAACAAAGACAAACAUCAGGUUCUGCAGCAUCUAGAUCAUCGAGAAAAAAAUGGCUACGAACGGCACAGCGUAAGAUUCUACCCAUUUCCGUGGAGCCAGCAGCAGUUGAAUGAUCCACAACCGAUCCUGCUGUACGUGGCCACCCAAGAUAAUCCAUCUUUUGCCGGGCACAACGAUGAGCUGGAAACAAUAGCGGAACAAAUUCUGAUUUCGGCUGGCCAGAGUGGUAGAAAUCCAGAGUAUGUGUACAAACUAGCCGAAGCAAUGCGACUGCUCUACCCUGGAGAAGAGGACGAUCAUUUGUUUGAGCUGGAAAAGAUUCUCCUGAAACGUGAUCAAACUGGUACUGAAGGAGAUAUCAAUCGAUCAGAACUCAGUAAAGAAGGUUAGUCGUUGGGUUUGGAAUAACGUGCUGCAGGCGGCACUUAAAUAGCAUGAUUUUGAAAGUAAGUCUAUGUGCACUAUUUCUCAUGUGUUACGAGCUUUUCGUUGCGGCUUUUUUGGAAGCACAGCAAGAUUUUAUUUCUUUUGAUCCAAAACCAAUAAAUUAUCAAUGCACUCACAUGCAAUCAAGAAGAACAACUGCUUCAAUAGAAAUUUUAAUUGUGUUAAAAAUGGAUGCCACAACCAUUCCGC